AUGUGGAGGCCGCAGGGCAUCGUCCCGCUGGGCCCGCCGCCGAGCGUGAGCCUGAAGCUGAAGGCGGAUCGGUUCCUGCGCUGGUGCCUGAGGUCGAGCGACGUGCAGGCCGCCGCCCGGCUGGAGCGCAGCAGAGCGCGGGCGGCCGCGGGCCCCGCGGCGGCGGCGGCGGCGGGCUCGGCGGCGCCCGCGGCGCAGGCCCCGCGGUCCCUCGCCGCUGCGCCGGAGGACGAGUGGGUAUCGUACACGGGCCCGGGCGGCCAGACGUACUACCACAACCAGCGCACGAACGCGACGGAGUGGCAGCUGCCGCCCGGCGCAAGGAGCUCGCAGGCCCCGCCAGCGCAGGGGCCCUCCUCCCAGACGACGCAGACGCUGCCCCCCGGCCAGCCGCAGCAGCAGUGGCAGCCGACCGCGCAGGUGGGCCAGGGGGUGUUCCAGCCCGAGCUGAAGCCGCCCGGGCCGAGCGGGCGAGUGCCCGCCCAGCACCAGGACCGCCGGACCGCGGAGCUGCUGCAGGCGCCGCCGUCGCUGGCGGACGUCCAGAACGCCCAGCGGGCGGAGAGGUCGACGUCCCCGCCCGCGGGGCCAGCGCCCCCCCCGCCCGCGCAGCCCCCGCCGCCAGCGCAGCCCGCUGUGGGCACCGCAGGGGUGCAGACCGUGGUGGAGCGCGUAUACCUGCGCGACCAGUGGACCCAGAGCGACCCCCCGCCGCUGCCUGGCGCCGGCGACCACAUCAUCGGCGAGGGGCGGCCGUUGGCCGAGCUCCCGCCAGCACAGGUGGCUCGCGCGUACACUGGACCGAUGCAGAGGCCCCUGGCCGGCAGCGACCAGGCCCGCGCGCAGCUCCAGCGGGAGGGUGUGCUGCCGGCGGCGGGCGCGGAGAGCGGCCUGCCGCAGAGGCACCUACGCUGGAAGCUCGAAGAGGAGGACCCGCUGCAGGCCGACGAGGUGUCGAUGGAGUUCCUGACCUACCGCAGCAUCAUGGGAUCCACGGGCGAGCGCGUCUACUUCCAGGUGCGCUUCUUCGUCUUCCCGCCGCUCAGGACCGCGGCCGCCACCCUGGCCGGUGGCCCCCUGGAGCCCUGCCUGCUGCGGAGCGCCCUGACCACCGAGCGCAUCGCGCUGACGUACCACGUCGACGGGGCGGCCGAGAAUGCCGCCUCGACGACCGCCCCAGCCGCCGGCGCGACGCCAGCGGCGGCGGCGGCGGCGGCCGCGGAAACGCAUAGGCGGCUCGUGCAGCACCUCACCGCGCAGAGUUUGGAGGUGGAGAUCUGGAACGCCGACUCCGCCAUGCAGGUGGGCGCCGUGGAGGUGCCCCUGGAGCACCUGGUCCGCCAGGGCCGCCCGGUCACCAAGGUCGAGGGCGAGUACCCCGCCCUCGACCCCAUGACUGGCGAGGCCCGCGGCUUGCUGCGCCUGCUCUUGGUCUGCAGGGGCCGCGACCCGGCGCAGGGGCCGCUCCCCGCCGCGCCCCUGCAGCAGCUGGCGGCGGUGCCGCAGCAGGACGUCGGCGGAGGCGCGGACCGCCGCCGGGGCCGCUCCAGGCACAAGGCCAGGGCGCUGCUGGAGGUGGGCGGCGCUGCACUGGCGGGCUCGCUGAACGACCCCGAUGCGGACAAGAAGCGCCAGCGGCUGAAGCACCUGAACCGCAUCCGGAAGGUAGAUGACCUGGAUCGCUUCUCGCAGCACACGGCGCUCCUGUCGGCCGCCGAGGAGGUGCGGCAGGACCAGAAGAAGGCGGAGGUGGCGCGGCGGAUGGACCGCUUCAACACGAACCAGGUCACCAUCCCGGCACAGUUCGCAACCCCGAGCUACUUCCACAUCGAAUUCAUGAAUCCAUAUCACCAGCAAGUGACCUUCACCGUCGUUAUCGCCGAGCGCGGCGCGACCCCGCAGGUCGUGGACGCCGCCGGCGCACCUCCCGCGCCGCUGCACGGCGUGCUGACGCCCUCGCCCGGGCUGGCCCUGCAGCUCGUGCGGGACCGGUCGGAGUGGCUGCGCCUCUCGCAGCUGCAGAAGGUCCCGCCGCCGCCCAGGGGGGACUACGGCUUCCUCGCCAGCGGGGCCGGCGGCGUCAUCUUUACGCUUCAGGUGCGGGAGACAGUGUUCCUGCCGUUCAGGUACCUCGCGUUCGACCAGCCGGGGCCCGCUGGCGGGGAAGUGGGAGCGCCCGUCUCCUCGGCCAGCCUGGCGGACCUCACGCGACUGGCGAACACCCAGGACAAGACAUUCGUGGUAGAGCUGCUGCAGCACCAGGGCCCGCUGCUGCAGCGGAUCGAAGUAACUGCGCGCCCUCGCGCCUGCCCAGUGGACCGAACGGUCCGCUUCUUCGAGGCGGAGGGGACGCCGGUGGAGAAGUCCAUGGCGCUCCCGGAGAGGGCGGUGAGCCUCGCCCGAGUGGAGCAGCAGCGUGCGGACGACGGCAUCACUCCCGCCCCCGCGGGCGAGCGCUACGUCCUCUGCACCAACCGGGACGUGCACGUGCAGAGGGCCGACGAAGACCGCGUAGUGGUGAGGCUCCUCGCGCCGGAGGCGCCUCAGGUCCUCGCCUUCUUCCUGGUCUUCUACGGGGACCCGUACUUCUCCGAGGUGCUCGCCGCGCAGCUCGUCGAGGUGCAUGGCCUCAUGGAGGAGAAGGUCCGGGUCACGGUGGGCCUCAGCGUCGACCGCACGCUUCACUUGCCGCCCAUGCAGGUGCAGAACGCGGGAGCCUUGCAGGUGCACUCCUCCGCCCCGGACUACCUGGCACUGCAGGCGGCCACCCUGGACCCCCGCUACGGCGCCAAGUUCACCGUGACCAUCACGGCCAUGCGGGUUGGCACCAGCCUGGCACGCAUCCACGCGGUUGACCCAGCCACACGAAGACGGACGUCUGCGUUGUUGCUGGUGCUCGUGGCGGAUCCGCCGCAGAUUUCGCACGCCCCCCACGAGAUUGUACUGCCGGUGUUGACAGCCAAGCGGAAGUGGCUCCCAUUCCGGAACGCUGUCACCCGAGCUCUUCGGUACACCGUGAAGUCGUCGGACACGUCCAUAGUAACCGUGCAGACACCCGAGCUUGCGCUCUCUGCACUGGAGGAGCGUCACAUAGAGUUGCUUUUCCACGCUUGCCCCACGACGCUCACGUACAAUGCUCAGGUAUACCUGUUCGUCACUUCCGAAGACCGUGCAGUUCAGGAGACGAGGCAGAUGAUGCUCACGUACACGUGA